UGUCUGAUAAAGCUGUCCAAGUUUCGACACCUUCUGUUUGCUAAAAAGGAGACCUACAAUACUGCUGCUAUGGAGUCACGGAGGGCGCAUGAAUCAGUCCUCAUUGGAUUUUACCUUUGGGCUUAUUUGAGCUUUCAAGGCUGUCAUGGUGGAGUUUAUCAGAGGAAGUUGUACCGGGACCUGAUGGUCAACUAUAACAGAUUGGAACGGCCUGUCCAAAACGACUCUGCACCCAUCGUGGUGGAACUUGGUCUCACUUUGCUACAGAUCAUCGAUGUGGAUGAGAAGAACCAAGUUUUGAUCACAAAUGCCUGGCUUCAGCUGCAGUGGACAGAUGUAUACCUUACAUGGGAUGCAGAGGGCUACCCUGGAGUUCAAACCCUGCGGUUCCCUUCCAAUAUGAUAUGGGUCCCAGAUAUUCUCCUCUACAACAGUGCUGAUGAAAGAUUUGAUGCAACUUUCCAUACAAAUGUACUGGUGAAUUCUACAGGAUCCUGCCAGUACAUCCCACCAGGCAUCCUAAAGAGUACCUGUUACAUCGAUGUACGCUGGUUCCCCUUUGAUGUGCAGAAGUGUGACCUAAAAUUUGGCUCCUGGACACACAAUGGCUGGCUGUUAGACCUGCAGAUGAUUGAUGUGGACAUCUCCAACUACAUACCCAAUGGCGAGUGGGACUUAGUCGGUGUGCCAGCCAAGCGAAAUGAGCUCUACUAUGAAUGUUGCAAAGAACCAUACCCUGAUGUGACAUUCACUGUCACCAUGCGCCGUAGGACUCUAUACUAUGGCCUAAACCUCCUUAUUCCAUGUGUGCUUAUCUCUGGUCUGGCCCUGCUGGUCUUUCUGCUCCCUGCAGACUCUGGAGAGAAGAUUUCACUGGGCAUUACUGUGCUUUUGUCUCUAACUGUGUUCAUGUUGCUGGUGGCAGAGAUAAUGCCUGCUACAUCAGACUCUGUUCCUCUGAUUGCUCAGUACUUUGCCAGCACAAUGAUGAUAGUGGGUUUAUCAGUGGUGGUAACAGUUCUGGUUCUACAGUUCCACCACCACGACCCACAAGGAGGGAAGAUGCCCAAGUGGGUUCAAGUUAUUCUUCUCAACUGGUGCGCUUGGUUCCUGCGCAUGAAGAAGCCUGGAGUGGAAAAAAAAACAAGUGGUCAGUCUGGCAUUUGCUUAGCCGACAAGUAUCCUCAGGCAAUUCCCCACCACACCAGUACCAAUAGCAUUCAGAUGAGCCCGAUACCAGGCCAGGCCUCCACCCAGUCUACUAACACUAAUGGGAACAUUAACUUGUACCUGGGAUAUCAUUCCACGGUAACAGACAACUCUUCUUUCCCACCGAGCGCUGAUCCAAGUGUUGUGAUGUGCGGUCGCAGUGGUGGAAGCAGCGACAGGAACCCAACUACUUUGUCCACGGCUGAUAUUAACACAGAGCAGACAAGGACUUUGUUGCUGGAGCAGCUCCCAGAAAUGUCUCGGAUCCUGGAAGAAGUACAAUACAUUGCCAGGCGCUUCAGAGAGCAGGAUGAGGGAGAGGCCAUCUGCAGUGAAUGGAAGUUUGCAGCGGCAGUGGUGGAUCGCUUAUGCCUCGUGGCCUUUUCGCUCUUCUCCAUUAUCUGUACCUUCACCAUUCUCAUGUCCGCUCCAAAUUUUAUUGAGGCAGUGUCCAAGGACUUCACAUGAAGUGGGUUACAGAAACUGCUUGCCUCCAUGCUUGUAAAUUUCGGGGACCCACAAGAUUUUGUAGCACACAAUCGUUGCUUGCAUACAUAACUUCAGACUACAGGCUGUCAUGGGACUCCAUCCCAUUCCCUGAGAGAUGAUCCAUUCCUUUCCAAUAACCAGCCAAAUUUAAACAGAAUCCCUUACCCUCAUCCCACCCACUCUUUUGGGGUAUAUUAUGUUUGCGAUUGGCUUCUCCUAUUGUUGAAUUUAAAAGCAAACAUAAAAAUGAUUAGUACAUGUGUCACGGGGGAAGUGAAUUAAUCUGAUGGAUGAAAACAAAGUUCUAUAGAUUUGCUGCCAGAAUGGGUAAAUUGCAAAGGUGGGUAGUAACGAGUUACAUUUACUUGAGUAACUUUUUGAGAAAAAUGUACUUCUAAGAGUAGUUUUACUAAGCCAUACCUUUUACUUUUGAGUAGAUUUGGGAAGAAGGAACGCUACUCUUACUACACUACUUUGGGCUACACUUGUCACUACAUUUUUCAUUUUUAUUCUACGUACAGUGUUAUUUUUUAUUUUUUUUUGCAAGACACCAACAGUGGCUCAACCAGUUUCACCAAUGAGACGACGCAAUAAAUCACAUGACUCCAUUAUACCAAUCAGACUCAAUCUUGCCCUUCUUUGAUCACGCCAAUAUGGUUCAAAAGUCCAGAUUUUAACCUCUCUCCCAGUUUUUGACACCAACUGAUCACGGAAAACAUGAGAUAAUUUCUAUUAUGAAGGGAUCAUGUUAUCUCCACUAGAGGGCACGCAUGCUCUUUGAACGAAUAAUGCUUAAUUUCUGUAGAUUUUUUUUCUCUCGCCAGAAUUUUUUGUUGUCAUCUUUCUUUGGCUUAAUGUGGUUAUGUAAUAUGUUAUAAUACAGUAUAAUAACAGUUCAUAUAAAUAACUGCACAGAAAAUAUACGUUAAAAAAAAAAAAAUUUGCAGUUACACUAUUACUCAUUACUCGAGUAUUCUUUUCACCAAAUACUUUUUACUUGUACUUGAGUACAUUUUUUUUGGUGACGAACUUUUAGUUGAGUAAUAUUUUGUAGCAACACUACUCUUACUCGAGUUAAAUUUUUGGCUACUCUACACACCUCUUGUAAGUUGUGAAAUAUUGGGUGGAGAGAAACGCUGUGCGGCCAAAGAGAUACUGGAGGCUUUCUUUACAAGUUACAAUGUUUAUUUAACAGCUCUUCUGCUGAAACUCCAUAAAAACAAGUGAAAGUAAAAGUAUUAAAAAGGCCUAAGUAAAAAACUUAAAACUAGGGUCAUUAAGAGGGGGCGCUGGAGAUGGUUGCCGUGGUCGUGGAGUCCAAUGUCUUUCGUGGGGGCUACAGCUCCCGUUGACUCCCUUCACCGAAGGCAAGUCUGCGGCGACAAAAUACCAAACAGCAGUACGUGGUUGCGAGUAUCAGACAUCACCGUCUUGGUAAGUUCGCUCAGCUGCAUGCCACAAUUAUUUCUCCGGUACUCACAGCCCAGGCAGAGCCUCUCGCUUUGCCACUGCGGUUGUCUCAUGUCAGACAAGGCCUCCACGUGGUCUGCCUUGCCAUUGCUGCCUCUCCUCUUGCCUUGGCUUUUUCCUCCCUGUAUGGUCAUCCACCUGUGCCUCUUAACCUAUAGGGUCGUUCGACAGUCCCACCCGUCGGCUGCCGAUUGGCUCAAAUGGUGUGAUCUCUGAUUUUCAUUGGCUUAUCCUCUGCCUGUUUGGAAUGGUAAGAGACCUACAGGUGCCAUGCAUUAGUGUUCUAAUUGGAGUCAGAGUGGGAGUUUAAAGACUACAAAUAAAGCUAAAUUGCAAAACAACACAACACAAAGCCAAAAUAGAAUUAAAAAAAAAAAAAAACUUCCACCAUGUGACACAUGUAGUUGUAAGAAGGGAAAAUAUUUAUAGUCGAUUUGAAGAGUAGUGUCUUGAACGUCACUGGGAGUGAAACUUGGCGUCAUAGUCCCACUCUUGGUGACUUGCACUCCUACUUUAGCCCAGUCCUAUGAUUAAUAAUGUAAUGCACUCACAUCUGUCAACAGAGGGAAUCCCGAAAAAGUGUCAGCUUCUAGUUGAGAUCAUUCCAUGGUUUCCGUUUGUAGUAAUGUGAAAACUUAAGAGAGUACAACCUUGCUUUUUGUAAUGUAUUUAACCCACUCAUACAUAUUUUACUGCCACACUGCACUUCCUUGUUUUUAAGUGUUUAAUACUGUGGUAGUGUCUCGUUUUAUUAUGCUGUUGCAGGGUUUGUUUUUAUUAUAAUUUAGAUAACGCAAUAAAAAAAAAUCAUGAAUAACAUGCAAUAUAUAUAGAUUUUUUAGAUUAGUAGAUCGUGAUCUUCACCCAAACAAAUACAAAUGCAUUUAAUUCCUAUAUUGCCUGUGGCCCCGAACAGGAGAGCGGCCAUACAGGCUUUAAGGCUGUUAUGUUAUGAGGUUAACGAUUAUUAUUAUUUACAUUUUAUAUAAGUAUUGAGUUUUGAGAAUAUAGAGAACAUCGGAGGGUGUAUUUUUGUGGAUUUUUAGAAAUAUGUCUAUUUAUAAAUUAUUAGUUUAGCGUGCAAGUGUAACGGGUAGACACAAGUCCGUUGUGUGGGGUGUGUGGAAACCUCCCUCCCGAUGCCUUCAAGUGGAUGCUGGACGCGUCGUGCGUGCGUGUUCGAGUCCUAUAGGAAUUGUGCUCCUAUUCGCCAAGAAUUUGUCUUGAGAGACGGUGACUGCUGUGAAACAUUACUUAAAUACUAUUUCAAUUGUUUUAGAUGAGUUACCAUGAAGUUUAGUUUUGGACAAUGGUUCUUAGAUGCAUGUUCGGUCGCAUUGAAAAUAUUUAUAUUUAAAAUAUUUUCAUGCAUAUGGAGCAUGACUAAAAAUCAUAAAUGAUUUCUGUCCUUUCUUCAUUUUCUUUUGUAUGGACUGGCUAGUAGACUGAUGGACGAGCAAUUGAAGUGAAUUUUGAGGUUUCGAAGUCAAGAUUUAUUUGAGUAAAAAGUCAGAGAGCCAGCCAUUUGAACAUACCCGUCACGCUGCCAUAGUGUUGGCUUCAUCUGAUGGUGUUGGCACCAGGUCAACAGGAAGAAAUCAUUGUGGCCUUUGUUCAGAAGAUACACCUGCCUCUGAGAGAUUAUAUGCUUUGCAGAGUCAAUAUGCACACACAUGCAAGCACAACCACACUUGCGUACACAUCGUCACCUGACAUGGAAGCAUCAUUAAACUGAUAGCCAGAAUUCACCUUGUUUUAAUCCCAGUAGACCUUUUACUAUUAAGAUAUUGGAUUGCUAUAAACCCUACCCUAUACCAGUGUACUUAAACACCAAAACAUAACAAAUCCAUUUUUGUUCAAGGGCAGACUGGGUUGUCCAAAUAAAACAGUUUUAUAGAACAGUAGAGCAAAAAAAAAAAAAAAAAAAAAAAAAGCUGGUAAGGUUGACGGGUGAUAAUAGGGUGAAGCUGAUAGUGAUGUUCUAAACCAAUUAAAAUCUCUCAACAUCAGCAAAACAAAGACGAUACGUCUCAGAUAUGAAAACUCCCGCCAUUAUGAUAUAAAUGCAAAGAAAGUGUCAGUACAAAUGAAUCAUCAAUAAAUGAAAUGAACAAUCACUCGAAGAUGACCAUCACAUUUUCAUUGGAAACAUUUAUGAAAAAUUAAUAUUUGGUUGCCAUAAUUCCUAUCUGGCGUGUUGGAUUUGUUAAAGAUGUUCGAUUUACAUUCCAUACCAUGCCUGGUAUUAAUUUCUCUGGUCUUCCUUUUCUACCUUGAAUUAUUGUUGUUUUACCCAUUUCAAACCUUACUGGAGGUAUAUUGCUACAUUUGGUUUAAGAUCGGUCGGGCAUGUAAUCUAAUUUACUCCGACACUGGGUUUUCAGUUUCAUUAUUUCCAGUGUAACAACUGUAUUGAAAUUGCAAUGCAGAAUUGUAGUCAUUUAAUAAAUGUCUAUUCUGAAGGAAAAAUCAAACUGUACUUCUAGUGAAAAUGUGUGUCUAGUCUUAUGUCCUCACCCAAGCCUUACAAAAUUUUAUUAUUUAUU